AGCUCUCAAGUGGAGAUCAUGUAAAGUUUUUUAACUUGCUGAAUCUGUUUUGCCUAUGGAACAUACAAAGAUUAUAAAGAGAAGAAAUCAGAGUUACCUGAACUGAGUGCAGCCAUGUUGAAUAAAUUAAGACAUCUGACAAUGGUAUCUCUGGCUACAAAGACAAAGUGCAUUCCAUAUAGUGUUUUAUUGGAGGAGUUGGAUAUUCCUAACAUGAGGUCCCUUGAAGAUUUGAUAAUUGAGGUGAUAUAUGCAGAUAUUAUACAUGGAAAGUUGGAUCAGAAAAACCAACAGUUAGAAGUUGAUUAUGCCAUUGGAAGAGACAUUAGACAAGAGGCUGUACCAGAAAUUAUCUCUGUUUUACAAGAUUGGUGUUCUGGCUGUGAAGCAGUUUUACAAGGAAUAGAAACACAAAUAACAAAGGCAAAUCAGAACAAAGAAAACAACAUGAGGCAGAAACAGAAAAUGGAACAAGAGGUGACAAAUAUAAAGAAAACAUUAAAGAGUACACAUGCUGAUGAGGAAAGUAUGGUGACAGAAUCUGUUUCUUCUGAUAAACCCAGCAAAAAACCCUCCAAAGCCAAGGGGUAGGUGUAACUGUCUUUAGAUGAACAAGAAAAGAGCCCAUCAAAAAUUACGAGGAAGUAGUGGUACAAAGUUAUGGAAAUAAUCACAAUCUUUAUACAUGUAUCUGUGUUAAGUGCUGUAUGUGCUGGGGUGUGUGCAUGUGUUGAUGAUUAUAGAAUUAUUUUCUCUCUGGUGUAUAUUGUCCUUGUAGGUUAAAGUACUGCAAAUUUUAAUUUGCCUAAUAUGGUUGUACUUGUAUAAAUAUCAGCUGUCACUUAUAACAAAAUAAAAACUAAAUCUUCCUGUGUAUAAGAUUUCAUGUACAUAACUACUGCCAAUAUGUAAUAUAUUAUAAGGUAAAUUGUUGUUAAUUGUUGAUGAUAACUGUAUAAGCUAUAGUGCUAAUAUUGUUUCAUGAUACAUGAAAAUAAUUUCCAAAUAUAAGUUAAUGUUUCUUUAGAUCUCUUUAUAAUGGUAUUCUAUAAAUAACUAUAUCCAGGCUAGAUGUAACUGACUAAUGGUAUAUAAGUGAAAUGUGUAAAUUCUUGGGGAAAAAAAGAUGUUACUUUAUGAUCGACAUGUUUAGUAGUCUAACUUUAAGACAAAUGUUACAUAAUUAUGUUAAAUUUAAGAUACAUUUUGACAGAGGUUGGAACUUCUUAGGGGUUUUUAAGGACCUUUCAGUAU